UGUUGUAUCAUCUCUACACAAACAGGAAAAGGAGAGAAUGAUCAAUUCUCCAUUCCUCCUGUCUUUGUUUAACUUCCUGAGUAUGUUCAGUAAUCGACAAUGAUGAGGAAAUAAUGUUUCCCAUUUAAGGGUUCUAGUUAAAUGGCGACUGUUAUAAACCACUUUAAAUUCAAAAAGGGGAUAUAUACCAGAAAGGAGACUUAUCUAAUAAGCUUACACGUCAUAAUGAUGCAAGGGUAUGGAGGUUAGCGGAGCCGUUACCUGUACACGGGGAGGGAGUGCAGUCAGUGGGAAAGCCGUCUUCACCGGGGGGACCACUUACAGAACUUGUUUGCAUUCCAUGGUCGCUAGAUCGGACUACUCCUAAACAUGGCCUCUAUCUCUGUACUAGCGGGAUCCGUUCUGAUUCACCUUGUGCUGUCCGUAGGGAUUCUCCGUGGAGAGGACACGGUCCCGGCUUGUGACAGCCCAAUUUACUGUCAGGGGGACCUUCUGGAUAUAAUACAGCGGAUGAGGCUGUUCAAUGACUCCAAAACCUUCGUGGAUAUGAGUCUUAAGCAGUCUCCAGAGGAAGUCUUGUCUGCUUUUAACAACCUUUCUAAACCAAUCUCCGAGGCGCAGGGUCGGAAGUUUGUGGGUGACCACUUUUCCGGUCCUGGGGAUGAAUUCCAACCAUGGAAACCGACCGAUUUGCCGCGCAUGCCUGCCAUCAUGAAUCACAUCAAGGAUCCCUUACUGAGGGGCUUUGCCUGGGACCUCUGUCGGACUUGGAAAGACUUGGGUCGAAAAAUCAAAAUUGAUGUGAAAUUGAAUCCAGAUCGCUAUUCCCUGGUGUAUCUACCUAACCCAUUCAUUGUCCCCGGGGGAAGAUUUAGAGAAACCUAUUACUGGGAUACCUACUGGGUGGUGAAGGGUCUCCUGUUGUGUGAAAUGACAGACACCGUGAAGGGCAUGCUGGAAAACUUUGCCUUCAUGAUACAGAGGUUUGGCUUCAUCCCAAAUGGCGGCCGUGUAUACUACAGUCGGCGCUCGCAGCCUCCUUUCUUUAUUCCAAUGAUGUAUGACUAUUACAAGGCCACCAAGAAUCUGACCUUCGUGCAGAGUCAUCUAACAGCCAUGGAGACAGAGUACGCUUUCUGGAUGACCAAUCGAAGCGUCAGCGUACAGACGGGUGACGUCACACAUAUACUUAACAGAUACGCAUCCAGCGUCAACUCUCCUAGACCCGAGUCCUAUUCUGAAGAUAUAAAAACUGCCUCAACUACAAACAAUUCCAGCGCCAAAAGACAGUUGUAUCAGAACCUCGUGUCCGCCGCCGAAUCAGGAUGGGAUUUCUCCUCCCGCUGGUUCUCGCGAGAUCCUGGGACAAAUCUCACCCUUGACACCACGAGGACAACUAACAUUUUACCUGUCGAUCUGAACAGUGUCCUUUGCAUGAAUGAACACAUCUUAUCGGAACUUUUCAACCGGACAGGCAAUCAAGAAAAAGGGAAAAACUAUUCCAAAAACUGGCAAAGACGACAGGCGGCGAUUUUUAACGUGCUCUGGAACCCCACAAAAAGGGUGUGGCAAGACCUGGACAUUGCGGCCAAUUCUCACAGGGAUUACUUUUAUGCCUCCAACAUUCUCCCUCUGUUUGCAUCAUGCACAGGAAAAAAUGAAACACAAACGGAGAAAUCUGUUUUGACCUAUUUACAGAAUUUAGGAGUUUUGCAAUUUGCGGGGGGUUUUCCAACCUCGCUAGAAACGACUGGCCAGCAGUGGGAUUUGCCCAAUGGAUGGCCACCAUUACAACACAUGGCUAUCUGGGGAAUGUCUCAAAGUCAGAAUCAACAGUUAAAGGCCGAGGCAUUUUCUCUAGCCAAUAAAUCGAUUGUUAGCAAUUGGAUAGCGUGGAAUCGCAGCAGAAACAUGUAUGAGAAGUACUCAACUAAUAUCUCGGGGGAAGGAGGCAGUGGCGGUGAAUACGGAGUACAGGAGGGGUUUGGGUGGUCCAAUGGAGUCGUGUUAGAACUACUAAGUAUGUACGGAGAUAGGUUGUCCGUCAGCCCGCCAUGUCAUCAUACGUCAUCCGCCCACGCCGCCUCCAGAACGAGGCUGUUCUACAAUAUAUCGCCACUUGUUCUUUGUUUUGUUUGUUUGCUGUUUUAUUUAUAGUUUUGCAAUAAAGAAUCCUUUUAAGAAGACAUUAUCUAGAGCGUUUUAACAUGCCUAACUGAUGGCGUUAUUAAUGACACCGUGUUCUGUAUUUAAAUGAUAACAGAAAUAUGACUGCCCUUUUCAUUAAAAAUAAAUAUGAUUAAUAGAAAUAUCAAAACAUGUCUGUAUUUAUAUGAUAACAGAAAUAUGACUGCCCUUUCA